UCUCAUGAAAUGACGGACACCGUGCAGCAGAACUUCAGGAUGCUUCACCAGAUGGCUGGACUGUCCCUUCAAUCUCCGCCCAGAACCAUCAGUGUUUUAGCUGUCCUCCUCCUAGCACACUCUUGUCGAGGUCAGUCUCAGUUAAUUGGUGCACCUAAGCCAAUAGUAGCAGCAGCUGGUGAUGACGUCAUUUUACCAUGUCACUUGCAACCGACAGAGGAUGUUGCUGCCAAGACGUUGGAGUGGACAAGACCCAAUCUUAACCCUAGAUUUGUCUUUGUGUGGCGUGCUGGUCAGGACCUCGAGAAUGUAAAAAAUCCAUCUUACAAAGGAAGAACAUUACUGUUCCCUGAUGAGCUGAAGCAAGGAAACAUGUCACUGAAACUGUCCAAAGUGAAACCUUCUGAUGCGGGGAGAUACAAAUGCUACAUUCCAGAUAUGAAUAUAGACUCUUUCAUUGAGCUUGUUGUUGGUGCUGUUUCCUUGCCCUUCAUCAGUUUAGCGGGGACUGACCGAGACAAAGGAGGAGUGGUGCUACAGUGUGAGUCUAAAGGCUGGUAUCCAGAGCCUGAGGUGUUGUGGCUGGACGGUGAGGGAAACCUCCUCUCUGCUGGACCUUCAGAGACAGUCAGAGGUCCUGAUGAUCUCUAUACUGUCAGCAGCAGAGUGACUGUGGAGAAGAGACCCAGCAACAGCUUCACCUGUAGAGUCCAGCAGAAGAACACCAACCAGACCAGAGAGACAGAAAUCCAUGUUACAGAUGAUUUCUUUGAGGUCCAGUCCAGUUCUUCUGUUCCCAUCAUCACUGGUUUGGCUGUUAGUUUGUCUGUUUGCAUCAUCCUGUUUAUUCUGUUACUUCUCUUUUCUGUGUGGAAAUGGAGACAAAACAAAAUCAACAUGAAGAUAAGCCACGGGGAUGAAACUGAUAAAGAAAGAAACAGAACUAAAGAUCCGUCUGUCACUGCAGAAGAAACCAAGGCUUUGACAGGAGAAAAGGUAAAGAAGAUCAAACUUGAGCAGCAGAGGAGGGAGGAAGCUGAGAGAGAAGUUCAGACUCUGAAAGAGGAGCUGGAGACCAAGAAGGAGUUUGAAAGUAAACUAGCUGAAGUCCAGCAGCAGCUCAAAGAUGAAAAGCAGAAACAUGAGGAUGAACAGAAGGCUCUUCAAAAGAUGAAAGAUGACAUGCAGGCCAAGAUCAAGGAGUUGGAGGGAAAAGCUGGCCUGUCUCUGUAUGAGUUGAAGAUUUUUAACAAGAAGACACUCGAGGAAGAGCAGCAGAAGAGGGAGGAUGCUGAGAAACAAGUCCAGAUCCUGACCCAGAAGCUGGAUGAAGAGGAGAAGCAGAGGAGUGAGAACGAGCAUCUGCAAAAGGAGCUGGAGGACAAGAUAAAAAAGUUUGAAAGUAAACUAGCUGAAGUCCAGCAGCAGCUCAAAGAUGAAAAGCAGAAACAUGAGGAUGCACAGCAGGCUCAUCAAAAGAUGAAGGAUGACAUGCAGGUAAAGAACAAGGAGUUUGAAAGUAAACUAGCUGAAGUCCAGCAGCAGCUCAAAGAUGAAAAGCAGAAACAUGAGGAUGCACAGCAGGCUCAUCAAAAGAUGAAGGAUGACAUGCAGGUAAAGAACAAGGAGUUGGAGGAUAAAGCUGGCCUGUCUCUGGAAGAGCAGCAGAAGAGGGAGGAAGCUGAGAAACCAGUCCAGAUCCUGACCCAGAAGCUGGAUGAAAAGAAUAACAAAUCAAAGGAAAAAGUUGCUCGGUCCAAGUCUUUGCGUAACUGGAAUAUACGUUCCAAGUCAACACGUGAGAAAGAGCAGCAGAAGAAAGAGGAAGCUGAGAAAGAAGACCUGACACAGAAGCUGGAUGACAAAAAUAAUGAGCAAGUAAAAGACUGUGAAAGUGCUCUGAGUAAGUCCCAGGAUCACACCCUGACCAGCCCAUCCUUUCAGGACUCAGCCACAGAACACAUCAUUGUGGAUGAGGUCGAUCUGGAGGGCAAAUAUGUCCGUCUAAGCAACAAGUCCAACAAGGACAUACCACUGGGAGGCUGGGAAUUACAUUUACACGUCGACAACAGAAAACCUAUCAAAUACCAAUUCGUGCAAACAUUCGAACUCAAAGCUGGAGAAGCUGUCACUAUCUGGGUUUCAGGUUGCGAUGUCUGGCGUGAUACGUCCACUGAGCUGGUGUGGUUUAGCCAGACAUCCUGGGGCACUGGAGAACAACUGCUGGUCUGUCUCUACAGCAACACUGGAGAGGUAGAGGUAAGACAAGGUCUGCAGUUUGUGACCUCUCAGAAUACAUACCAGGAAACGGACCCCUCUCUGACCAAUCAGGACUCAGCAAAGAGACACAUCAUUUUGGAUGAGGUCGACCUGGAGGGCAAAUAUGUCCGUCUCUGCAACAUGUCCAAUAAGGAUCAACCACUGAAAGACUGGGAAUUAUAUAUACACGUCAACAACAGAAAACCUAUCUUGUUUAAAUUUCCGAACUUCUUCAAACUCACUUCUGGAAAGACUGUCACUAUCUGGGCUUCAGGUUGUGAUGUCAAGCGUGAUACACCCACUGACCUGGUGUGGAAGGACCAGACACCCUGGGGCACUGGAGAACAACUGCUGGUCUCUCUCUACUCCCAAAAUGGAGAGCUAGGGGCACGCAAAUUUUCGGAGGGACGCAUCAUUGUGAAUGAGGUCGACCCAGAGGGCAAAUAUGUCCGUCUCACCAAUAAGUCCAACAAGGACAAACCACUGGAAGGCUGGGAAUUACAUUUACAGAUCAACAACAGAAAACCCAGCAUGUACAAAUCUUUCUAUUCAUUCAUACUCAAGGCUGGAGGGACUGUCACUAUCUGGGCUUCAGGUUGUGGUGUCGAUGAUAAUCCCUCCACUGACCUGGUGUGGAGGAACCAGAACCCCUGGGACACUGGAGAACAACUGCUGGUCUCUCUCUACAGCAGCAAUGGAGAGCUAGAGGCACGCAAAUUUUCAGAGGGACGCAUCAUUGUGAAUGAGGUCGACCCGGAGGGCGAAUAUGUCCGUCUCACCAAUAAGUCCAACAAGGACAAACCACUGGAAGGCUGGGAAUUACAUUUACAGAUCAACAACAGAAAACCCAGCAUGUACACAUCUUUCUUUUCAUUCAUACUCAAGACCGGAGGGACUGUCACUAUCUGGGCUUCAGGUUGUGGUGUCAAUGAUAAUCCCUCCACUGACCUGGUGUGGAGGAACCAGAACCCCUGGGGCACUGGAGAACAACUGCUGGUCUCUAUCUACAGCAGCAAUGGAGAGUUGGAGGCAAGCAGAAUGCUUAAACCAGAGAAGUCCCAGGGACAGAUCAGUCACCAGACCAGUCAGGACUCAGACAAGGGACGCUUCACUUUGGAUGAGGUCGACCCAGAGGGGAAAUUUGUCUGUCUCUGCAACGCCUCCAACGAGGACCAAGAACUGCAAGGCUGGGAAUUACAUAUACGAGUCAAUAACAGAAAACCCAUCAUGCGUACAUUUAACUAUGGUGAUGUACUUAAGGCUGGAAUGACUUUCAAAGUGAACAUGAAGAAAUCCUGGAGCGAUGGAGACCAACUGCUAAUCUUUCUCUACAGCAUCACUGGAGAGGAAAUGGCCAUGAAGAAAGUUGGAUUCUGAUCUGCAAAUAUGAAAACAAGAAGUCAUAUACACCAAACAGAAUUGAAUUUUACAUGAAUUUGAUUCAGAAUCAAAUCCAACAUGAUUACUGUUUUGCUCUUGUGGAUCAUUGAACAAUUUGCAAAAAAGUUUUGCUCAAAAUGUGUUUGAACUGCAGUACUUUAUCUCAUUUUAUGUUUUUAUUAUAAACCAUUGCACUGAAAACAAUGUUUUAUUUCUACACACAUUUUACCGAAAACAUUCUCUUCAUUAUAAAGGCACAAAAUAACUUUAAAAUGUCAAAUAUUGAACUGGUAUAAAGACAAAGGGUAACAUUAAUUAAUAUCAAAAUCAAAACUUGAACUACUGUAACUUAUUAUGAAUGUUUGCUGAUUUAAUGUAUAUAUUAAAUGUCUUGCACAUUUACAGUAGUCACAUUUUUUCCUGAAAGUCUAGAUAUUUUAUUUGUUUUAUUUGUGUAUAUGUUUUGUAUUGUUUGUAAUUCAAUUCAUGCUGUCAAUAUACAAUUCCCUACUCUAUUUUCUGUAAUAAAUAAAUCUAAAUACAUGUUUGAUAUUUAAUUUUUAAGAGUUCAGAUGAUGA